AAGUUGUGGAAGGAGCUCUGUGUUGUCAUUCCCCAUAUUGUAAAUAUUGUCACUGUGAGGAAAUGAAUUGUGAUUGUGUAAUGAGAUGCUGGAUUAAUUGCACUUUUUUUAUGGACGCCAUAUUCCACCAUUUUUGUUUCUGUAGUUCAAGGACAGAAAAUAUCACUUUCAUGUGAUGAAACAGGAGGGAUGUAAGGAUACUAUAUGCGUAAUAUUCCAUAAACAAAAAUCAUAAUGCGAAACAGCAGAAGACUCUUGAUAUGCAUGCCGUGUGAUUAUUACUGGCCUAUUACUGACCGGCAUUUGGCAGGUGAAUAUACGUAAUGAUGGCAGAAACACAGCACUUUUGCCUGCGUUGGAACAAUUAUCAGAGUAGCAUUACAUCGGCUUUUGAAAACCUUCGUGAUGACGAGGAUUUUGUCGAUGUGACACUAGCAUGUGAUGGAAAGAGUCUAAAAGCACACCGUGUUGUCCUCUCAGCAUGCAGCCCAUAUUUUAGAGAACUCCUUAAGAGUACUCCUUGCAAGCACCCAGUGAUAGUCCUCCAGGAUGUGGCAUUUGCGGAUCUCCAUGCACUUGUUGAAUUUAUCUACCAUGGGGAAGUAAAUGUGCACCAGCGCAAUCUCAGCUCCUUUCUAAAAACUGCUGAAGUUUUAAGAGUUAGUGGACUUACGCAGCAAGCAGAUGAAAGAGAAGAGGUGCCAGUUCCACCACACAGCUCGUUCCCACGCAAUGCUCUGCACCACAGUCUCAUGGAUGACACUUUCUUCACCUCCCCACACUCGCCACCAGUACACUCGACUCCCACUGGUGUUCCAGUCAACCAGUUGCUGCGAAGAGCUGCCAUGGCAGGCGGAGGCGGUGCCAUCACAGGUUUUGGGAGGCGGGAGAGGCGGAUGUCUCCAGAUCAUCAGCACCACAAUUUACAGGAUCCAUCAGCUGAUCAGUCACAGAUUCCGAUAACAAACAAACGGGCACGCACUUCUGAACCCACUACCGAAACAGCCCCAUGCCCCAGCCAACAGCAGCAACCAUCUCCAGCCGAUUUUUCGACUUCCAAUUUUCCUUCUGGCAAGCAGUCACACCAGGGAAACAUAAAGAUGGAGGCAGAGGGUAAUGGUGGUGGCGAGCGCGAAACUUCGCCCUCACCAAAUGGCAGGAAUGUGAUGGACGGUGUCAAGUCAGAGCCUGCCGAACAUUGUGGCACAGGAGGAGAUGUGGAGAACAGCACUGACUCUGUAGAACAGGCUGAUGAGACCCGCCAGCAGCAAACAAAAGGCGAACAAGAUGACCAUGACAGUGUUCAAGGACAGCCACCUUCCUAUCUGUCUGCUGCUGAAAGCAAACUCUUUGGUUCCAUUACCUCUGCUGGUAGCUUCAACUUCAGCAUGGCAGCACUUGCAGCAGAUCCAAUUACAGGCAUUGGCGGCCAGCCAUUACAAGGAAAUACAGAAACUCCUCCAGGCACUUCUUCACAAGGCGUGAGCUGGCCAUUUCCUACCGCCAUGCCCUCGCCAGCUGACGGCCACCUACGGUGUGACGUGUGCGGCAAAGUGCUCAGCACCAGGUUAACUCUAAAGAGGCACAAAGAACAGCAACACUUGCAGCCUCUGCACAAAGCCUUUUGUCUUCUGUGCAAUAAAGUGUUUCGCACCAUGAAUUCACUGAAUAACCACCGUAGUAUUUACCAUCGUAAACAACCUAACUUUGGUUCCAACGCACAGAAAAGCUAGGGAAUUUGAUGAAGUUAUUUGCCUUAAUAUUCUCACCUCGAAUGAUAGUGGGGGCAAUAAGUUGAGGUGAAGCCCCUUUUAGAGUAGUUGUUUUCCUUCCCCCCCAACAGAAUGUUGACUGAAAUUAAAUGAGGUAUAUUUCAGCUCAAUGCUUGUUACAGUUUUCUAAAUGCAUCUAAGCACAUAGUUCCUCAAGAUGUAUGAAAAUAUAUAAACAUUUUAGUGUGGAGCCCAUAAAACGACACAGGACAUUGCAUAAUUAUGUGCAAUAUCGAUUAAUUACUUUUUGUGGUUUUUUUCCAUUUGGGUGAUAAAUUUUUAUGAAGACUCCUCUGCUUUUUUUUGGGGGUCUAGAUGUUUUAAAAGAAGAAAAUAAUUAUGUAAAAACCAUUGUGUAUAUGUUGAUCUGAUAUGGUCUGUGAGGGUUUUUUUCUGGUGAUAAGCAUUUAAUAAUAAUUCGUUGAUAUUGAACCAUUUUUAUAGGCGUUCUUUUUAAAAGAUGUAGCAAAAGAGUUGGAAAUGAUACGAAAGAAUCAAUUCUGAUAUAAAAUAGAUAAUGCCAUUGCAUUUGUUUUACUAAGCUCAGGUAUCUUAUCACUGGAAGUUCCAUGUUAAAAAUAUAUUAAAAUGCCAUACAAUAUUUUUAAAUAUGUUUACUUCAUAUGCAAUCUGUAAAGCAAGUAAGAUCCUACAUCAUGCCUCAUGACUGGAGGAUACGUCAAAAUACGUACACAUAUUUGGGAGUCAGUUACUUGUUGCUGCCAUAAAUAGUUGUGUAAAUUGGACUAAUAGUUAAAAAUUUGUGUUCAGCAUUUGCCCUCUGCACUGUACAAUGGAGAUUACAGUGCAGGUGACUAUGUAGUCUCUCAUGUAGGUGUAGAAAUUACACACACUGUUAUGUAUGUACAAAAGCAGAAAGAUGGCUUUGAAGUCAUUUAAGGGUUGUCUGUAGCUACAAAGCAUCAAUAAAAAAAAAAAACCUAUAGAAUAAGCCGCAAGCAGUGAAUGACUAAAGCGA